AUGAUGGCCAUGAACGCCAAGCAGCCUUUCGGCAUGCACCCCGUACUGCAAGAACCCAAAUUCUCCAGCCUGCACUCCGGCUCUGAGGCCAUGCGCCGAGUUUGUCUCCCAGCCCCGCAGCUGCAGGGUAAUAUAUUUGGAAGCUUUGAUGAGAGCCUGCUGGCACGCGCCGAAGCUCUGGCGGCGGUGGAUAUCGUCUCCCACGGCAAGAACCAUCCGUUCAAGCCCGACGCCACCUACCAUACCAUGAGCAGCGUGCCCUGCACGUCCACCUCGCCCACGGUGCCCAUCUCCCACCCGGCUGCACUCACCUCGCACCCGCAUCACGCGGUACAUCAGGGCCUCGAGGGCGACUUACUGGAGCACAUCUCGCCCACGCUGAGCGUGAGCGGCCUAGGGGCCCCGGAGCACUCGGUGAUGCCAGCGCAGAUCCACCCGCAUCAUCUAGGCGCCAUGGGCCACUUGCAUCAGGCCAUGGGCAUGAGUCACCCGCAUGCCGUAGCACCUCACAGUGCCAUGCCUGCGUGUCUCAGCGACGUGGAGUCAGACCCUCGAGAGCUGGAAGCGUUCGCCGAGCGCUUCAAGCAGAGGCGCAUCAAGUUGGGGGUAACCCAGGCGGACGUGGGCGCGGCUUUAGCCAAUCUUAAGAUCCCCGGCGUGGGCUCGCUCAGCCAGAGCACCAUCUGCAGGUUCGAGUCUCUUACGCUGUCGCACAACAACAUGAUCGCGCUCAAGCCCGUCCUCCAGGCCUGGCUGGAGGAGGCCGAGGCUGCCUACCGAGAGAAGAACAGCAAGCCGGAGCUCUUCAACGGCAGUGAACGUAAGCGCAAACGCACGUCCAUCGCCGCGCCAGAGAAGCGCUCGCUCGAAGCCUAUUUCGCCAUCCAGCCACGUCCUUCAUCUGAGAAGAUCGCGGCCAUCGCUGAGAAACUGGACCUUAAAAAGAAUGUGGUGAGGGUCUGGUUCUGUAACCAGAGACAGAAACAGAAACGAAUGAAGUACUCUGCUGUCCACUGA